UUCCCUUCAACUAAAAUAUUGGCUGCAUCAAAUAGACCCCCAUCAAUUUUCUAACUACCCAACACCGCCCAUUUCAACUACAACACAACUUUAAAGACAAAAUGUUGUCAUCCAUAGCUGUUGGAAGUUGGAACUUCUCUUUUGUAUACGCUGCCAAAACCCACUAUUUCACUGUUCACAUCAAUGAACCUCCACCUUCCUAACAACUAGCUGUUGAUCUUUCUCUAACAUCCUUUCUUCCACAGAGUACACAGCCUUUUUAUGACAACCUGCAUUUUUGCUAAAAGAGCAAGUUUAGUUCACCUGCCACUCUGCUCACCUUUUCCAAGGGCCCCUUUAUCCUCAGAUCUAAUCUCAAUUUCCAUACUUCAAUUUUUACCAGAUACCCAACAGCUCAAAUAAUUAUCAAUCCUUCUUCUUUCACUUAUACUCAGGUCUUAAGCCAGGCAAUUUUAUCUACAUUAUUGCUAUUUUUCAGAUACCCAACUGUUAUUUUCUCUAAUAGAUAUAUCUUUUGGGCUAUUUGUCAGAUAUCCGAUAUUACGUUUCCUUUAUUUUCAAUAUGUGUUUUGGCAGCCAUCCAUGACUACAUUUUCCUAUUUGUAACGGUCUCAUUUUGUGCACAUUGACUAGUUUCAAACAUGAAGAAACAGUCAGCGAAGUGAAGGUGUGAAAUGUUAUGACAAUGCACAGGCGGGUGAGACCUGUUCAGGUUGAAACUGGAGGGUGCUACUGUGUAGCAGAUGUGGGUCUAACUGUGAUAGAUGCUAAGAAAUGUGUGCCUGGCACACGGCAUUGUGGUCAACCAGAUAUUAAAACAACUGUUCAACCUUCUAAGAGAAAGUCCCAUAAAGGUGAAAAAGCACGGGAGCCUUUAUUACCUUUGAUAUCUGGUCUUCCAGAUGACCUUGCUAUUGCUUGCUUAAUCCGGGUUCCACGAGUCUUCCAUCGAACUUUAAGGCUUGUAUGUAAGAGGUGGCAGCGUCUUUUGACUGGAAAUUACUUUUAUUCUCUGAGAAAGAGCUUUGGCAUAGCAGAAGAAUGGAUCUAUGUAAUCAAACAGGAUCGAGAUGGUCGUGUUUCUUUACAUGCAUUUGAUCCUAGGUACCAAUUAUGGCAGCCUCUGCCCCCUGUGCCUUCUGACUACUGUGAAUCACUUGGUUUUGGAUGUGCUGUCCUUAGUGGAUGUCAUCUUUAUUUGUUUGGAGGGAAAAACCCAUUAAAAGGAUCUAUGAGAAGGGUGGUCUAUUACAGUGCAAGGACGAAUAAAUGGCAUCGAGCACCAGACAUGCUCAGACGGAGGCAUUUCUUCGGUGCCUGUGUAGUCAAUAAUUGUUUGUAUGUUGCUGGGGGAGAAUGUGAGGGCCAUCCCUAUUCCCUGAGAUCUGCAGAGGUGUAUGACCCAAACAGAAAUAAAUGGACCUUUAUCUCUGAAAUGAACACCUCAAUGGUUCCUUUUGUUGGGGUUGUUUAUGAAGGUAAAUGGUUUCUAAAAGGCCUAGGUUCUGAAAGGCAGGUGAUGUGUGAGAUGUAUGUGCCAUCAACAAACCAAUGGACCUCAGUUGAAGAUGGCAUGGUUAAUGGUUGGCAAACUCCAAGUGGCACUCUAAAUGGACAAUUAUAUGCCCUUGACUGUAGAGAUGGUUGUAGAAUGCGAGUGUAUGAUAGUAUAAGGGAUUCAUGGGACAGACUGAUAGACAGUAAGGUUCAUCUUGGUAAUUCUCAUGCACUGGCGGCUGCGGCAUUGCUUCCUCUUGGGGGGAAAAUUUGUAUUGUUCGAAAUAACAUGAGCAUAUCUGUUGUGGAUGUGGCAAAUCUCGAGUGUAACGGGAAGAAAGGUCAGCUCUGGGAGACACUUGCAGGAAAAGGACAGUUUAAAACCUUUGUUACAAACCUGUGGUCAAAUCUUGCGGGCAAAAAUGGGUCAAAAAGUCAGAUCUUACAUUGCCAAGUACUUCAUGCCUAGCUAUCUGGGUUAUGGUUUACCUGAACUUGGACACACUAGUUUAUGAAAUCUAGCGCAUCAUCUGUAGACUAACUGAUGUUCAUUUUUGUCCUAAUUGAAAUCAAAUUAUUUUCGUGCACUUAUCCAAGAAAUGUCCAGGUGUUUAAACGAGGUGGGAUAAACAGUAUUAUGAAAUAAAGCUUUUGAAGGUACCUGCAAAUUUCCCUGGAAAUGAUGCAAGAUCUCUCAGAUAUAGCCCUUAAAUCCUUGGAUAAUAUGAAAGAGUGCAGAGGAUCUUGUUUGAAAAUAUAGGUAUUACAUGUAAGCCAGUCAAAUUAAUGCUUAUGUUGCUUUAAAGUGAAUUAUAUUCAGUCUAACUCUAAACCCUGUAGAUUACUCGCAUAGGAGGCAAUGCUAUAAAAUAAUAUUUUCUAAGA